AUGGAGCCGGGGCCGGCGGCGGCCUCGGAGGAAGCGGCCGGGGCCGGGCUGCCCGUGGAGCCCUCGGCGGGCGCGGCGCCGGGGCAGCCGCUGGGCCGCGCGGAGGAGCCGCCGCCCGAGGGGAGCCCGAGGCCGGCCCAGGCCGUGCAGGACGCGGCGGGCGCGGGCGGGAAGAAGCUGCCCUCGCCGCGGCCCGCGCCGCUGCGGCUGCCCAGCCUGGGCUACGGCGCCUUCCGCCGCCUGGGAGCCCCCGGGCCCGAGUCGCCGGGCCCCGGCGCGGCCGAGCUGUCCCGGGACGGCGAGGCGUCGGCGGCCGAGCUGGGGGCCGGCCCCUGGGCGCCCGUGGAGCUGCAGGUGGACGUGCGCGUGACGCCGGUGGGCGCCGCGGGGGGCAGCCUGGCGCCCUCGCCCGCGCCCUCGCGGCGCUUCCUCACCGUGCCGGUGCCCGAGUCGCCCGGCUUCUCCCGCCGCAGCUGCCCCGCGUCCCCGCUGCUGUCCCCCGCCGCGUCCCCGGGCGGCACGUGGGGCCGCGGGUCCUCGCCGAUCGCGGGCCGGGCGGAGCGCGGCGACGACGCGGACGGCUGGGCCACCCCCGCCGCGGGCCGCACGGACUCGCCCGCGUGGCGCUGCCGCUGCCGGGAGCUGGGGCUGGAGAAGGACGAUUCGCACCUACCGCUGCGCGCCGAGACCGACGACCUGAAGCUGCCCAGGGCCGUAAAGCUCAUAGGGCUGCCCAUGUACCUGAAGUCUCUGCAGUGGGCCUUGGUGGUGAUGGCCGUGCUCCUGGCAGUGUCGGCUGUGUCCAUCGUCGCCUUGGCCUCCAGAGCAGGCGCGCGGUGUCGCGGGUGCCCCCAGGGCUGGAUGUGGUCCGAGGAGCUCUGCAUCUACCUCUCGGCCGAGCCCCGGGCCUGGGAGGCCAGCCAGGCCUUCUGCGAUGCCCACCAUGCUAGCCUGCCCCUGCUAAGCCACACCCAGGACAUGCUGGCAAGGUUCCCGGUCACUGUGGAUUCAUGGGUGGGGGCCCGGCGAGGCCCCCAGGGCUGGCACUGGCUCGAUGGGGACCCUCUGCCACCCCAACUACUCCCCGCGGAAGACGAGGCACAGCUGCAUCUCGGGUGCGGGGCCCUGCGGGCCGGGAGGCUCGUGGCCCUGGACUGCGGCUCGCCCCGAGCCUGGGUCUGCAUCAGGGGCACCAAGUGACUCGGG